CCCGGCCCAAGUGAGACGGUCUAUCUUUCUGGAGUAAACACCGUUCCGCGUAACAACCGAUUUUGGCGCUGGCCCCCAGAUAAUUAAAGAUGAGAUAUUACUUCCUCCAGCUCGCCGCGGCCGCGGCCUUUGCCGUGAACAGCGCGGCCGGUCACUACAUCUUCCAGCAGUUCGCGACGGGCGGGACCAAGUACCCGCCCUGGAAGUACAUCCGGCGCAACACCAACCCGGACUGGCUGCAGAACGGGCCGGUGACGGACCUGUCGUCGACCGACCUGCGCUGCAACGUGGGCGGGCAGGUCAGCAACGGGACCGAGACCAUCACCUUGGACGCCGGCGACGAGUUCAGCUUCAUCCUCGACACGCCCGUCUACCAUGCCGGCCCCACCUCGCUCUACAUGUCCAAGGCGCCCGGAGCUGUGGCCGACUACGACGGCGGCGGGGCCUGGUUCAAGAUCUACGACUGGGGUCCGUCGGGGACGAGCUGGACGUUGAGUGGCACGUACACUCAGAGAAUUCCCAAGUGCAUCCCUGACGGCGAGUACCUCCUCCGCAUCCAGCAGAUCGGGCUCCACAACCCCGGCGCCGCGCCACAGUUCUACAUCAGCUGCGCCCAAGUCAAGGUCGUCGAUGGCGGCAGCACCAAUCCGACCCCGACCGCCCAGAUUCCGGGAGCCUUCCACAGCAACGACCCUGGCUUGACUGUCAAUAUCUACAACGACCCUCUCACCAACUACGUCGUCCCGGGACCUAGAGUUUUCUCUUGCUAGUCGCACUGGUAGAGGAUCAUUGGCAGGAUGAGUGUGUCGCAAGCGAUUCUGACAAUAUGACUAUUACCUACUUGUGACAUCCGAGUUAGUUAUAAUCCAAGUAAUUACCCGCAGAUCCGCCGUUCCACCAACUCUGUUUCUCCGCUAAGGCCGAAUCGCAAGCUGCCUGUGACA